UUGGUUCACCCGGUGAACUUCACUGUUCAAGUAUUUCAUAUUUGUGUAUUUACAGUUGAACUUUAAACGCAGAGACGCAGAGUGUUAGACGUUAUUAAUUUAUUAAUAUUUAUUUUAUCGUAACACCUGAAAUUACUAUUUAAUAAUAAUAAAAUGUAAAGAAAAAUCUUAUUCAAUAUUAAACUUACGAUCAUGGACGACAGAGAUUUUAAAGUCGAGUAUGAUAGUGAUGAUCAGGAAGAGGACUCAGAUGCAGAAUAUGACAAUCCGUCAUCGCCCAAGACCGAUGUCGACGAUAAUUGCUGUUCGAACAAAUGCUUGUUAAUGUUUGAUGACGAGUUCAAGACACGUCUUAAGACUGAUCUAUCACAGCUACAAAGAUUUGAAAAACACAUUUAUCUGUUCGCGAUGAUUUCCAUUGACGAAAACAAAAUAAAUGCCACAAAAAUCGUAAAAUCUUCAAAAUAUUUCCAAUAUGCUGUCAAACAUUACGGAGUUACUCGAUCUGUAUGUAAAAGUGCGUUUGUUAUUCUGCACGAUACGACUCCAUCACUAGUACGAACAUUAUGUACAAAGAUGACUAUAGGACAUAUAAUACCUACAGACAAUCGUGGGAAACAUAGUAAUCGAAUGACCAUAGCCAACGAAACAAAAAUUGCGAUAAAAGAGCACUUCUUUAGCAUCUUGAAGUCGCCUAAUAUAUUCAAAUGUGCUAAGAAAAAUCUAGGCCAACCUAAUAUUUCUCAGUUGUGGAUUAGUUUUAAACAGAAACAUGGUCAUAUAUCUCGUUCAACAUACACAAAAUAUGUACAAUCAUUAUUAACACCAGAAGUUAUAUCAAGUUUUAUGUGUGCAAACCAAGCAAAACAAAUUUUACAGUACAUAAAUAAAAAUAAAUGAUGUUGAAGAUAAAUUUAAAAUUAACU